UUGCGAUUGAUCACUCUCCAUACCGCGCAGACAUGGCCGCGCAUGCCAACCUGUUGACUUAUGUUCGCUCUCAAGUGACCGUCGAUGUGGACUCCAUGGAUCCGGCGGUUGCAGCCCGUCACACGACGGAGACGGUCAAGUUCUGCGACAUGACGUCCAACCAAGCCAUCGUGUACUCUGAAGCAGCUAAACAAGAGCGCGCCUCGCUUCUAAAGGCUGCAUGCGCACAGACACAAGCAAGUGGAGUUGAUGGAGAGCAGCAAGUCACAAAUGCUCUGGACAUCUUGACCGUCCUCCUGGCAAAGGAAGUCUAUCCGUACUUAACCGGUCGUGUGCACGCACAAACCUCCCCAUCGGCCGCCUACAAUACGGAAGAGACGAUCGCACAUGCCAAGAGACUGGUAGCUCUCUUUGAGGCCAACGGCAUUCCGAAAUCACGAGUAUGCAUCAAAAUCCCUGCCACGCCGGAAUCAAUCGUUGCCUGUCAAUACCUCGAAAAGAUAGGCAUCAGCACUCUCGCAACGUGUCUAUUCGCGGCCACGCAAGCCGUUGCGGCGUCCCAAGCGGGAUGUCUAUACGUUGCGCCGUAUUUCAACGAGCUUCGCGUGCAUUUCCAACACGAGCUAUGGAAGGAAUACAAGGACACGGCUAAUGAGCACCCCGGGGCUCGCGUCAUUGCGUCGAUCGUGAACGUUUACAAAAGCAUCGGUUCCAAAACGCUCGUCAUGCCCGCCAGCAUCGUCACCUCCACCGAGGCAGUAGCGCUGGUGUCUCUCCAUCCGGACCACCUGACGCUGUCAGCAGCAGUGCUCGACCAGCUCGCCGCAACCGACCAAACCGCAUUAACGCCGAACGAUCCCAAGCCCCACCACCCAGAGGUCGGUCUCAGUGCAGACUCCUCGAUCAUCGAGACGGAUUUCCUCGCGAACGGCGCGGAUGCGCUCCGGGCUGCAUUGUCGGUGGAUGCUGAGGCGACGCGCAAGUUGGCCGAUGCUCUCAAGAUAUUCGACGAGAUGGAGCAGAAGACGAAGGAGCUGAUCCGCAAAGAGCUGAACCUUGUCUGAGAGCUUAAUAAGGAUGUAUAACCAAUCUGUAUCAUGUAUUUCUUGUCAACAUGCUUUCGACCCGAAAACAAACGAUGAUAUAUAUCAUCG